GCUAUGGCGCCGUCGAUACCAGAUCAGCUGUCGAGGAUAAAAAACUCCUGGGACCCAACAUCCCCCGAAUGUGCGUUCCAAUACUAUUUCUACAACAAGGUCCCACCCGAGCAAGCUGCUCUGUACGGCAAACCCCCGACCCACGACCAGCAGAGAUGGGACAACGCGAUCGCGAACCGACCGGACUCGAGCUCGGUGCCGGUGCUCGCGGUCGGCUUCACGGAUCUUCAGAAGCGCGUGAGCGUGCAGGAGCAGCAGGUUAUUGCGUACCGCACGCGCAUGCACGAGAUCAACCAGAAACUGACCGAGCUCAUCACCCGGCAUGAUCUCUACACCACCGUCCGGGUGGCGGAGAUCAAGGCGCGGCACGCGGCGCUGGCGCAUCGCACGAUGAGCUUAGCGGCGAAGAUCCAGGUUUUGAAGAGUCGUGGGUACGCGCUACGGCCGGACGAGGAGAUUCUGAAGCGGAAGUUGGAGGAGCUCACGCGGAAUCUGGAGGAUCCGGCGGUGUUUGGCAAGAUUAAUGAGGUGUGGGCGCGGAUGACGGUCGUGCGCGAGCGGAUCAAGAUUUUGAACGAGCAGGCGCGACAGACGGGCGAGCAGUGGGAGAAUACGGUUGAUUGGGAGAAGGACGAUGAUCAAUUGGAGAAGCUUGCAAAGAUUCUCAGAGGUCAGCAGACAGGGCUUAUAUACCUGGCGGAUAUCCUGCGAAGCGAU